AAAAAAAAGAAAAAAAAAUCAAAGCUUCUUUCUCUCCUUUUUUUUUUUUGGAAGUUCUGAUAAACACUAUGGAUCCUGUGCAUUUGGUAACAAAAGAACUAGCAUUUACUCCAUAUGAUGUGAAAUGGAUCCCUUCUUCUUCAAGGUUUUGCGCUGUGGGAGGUACAGGUCGAUCUACAGGGAAAAUCACUAUUUUUGAUUUUAAUGGGAAAAUCGCUUCGAUUACUGCAGAGACUGAAACUGGAACACCAUUUCGUUGUUGUACAUUGGGUGCUGCUGACAUGCAUACUCGUCAUGUCGCUACAGGGGAUUUUAACGGUGGAUUAGAACUUUGGGAUACACAACGACUUGAAUUACCAAUAGAAACAAUUAUGGCACAUGAAAGUAUUAUUCAUUCAAUCGAUGGUACUGGUGGUGGCACAACAAGGGCUCGGGAAUUGGUGACUGGAAGCAGAGAUGGACUUGUCAAAGUAUGGGACACAAGGCAAAUCCAAUCUCCAGUAUUCACGGUCAAAUCUUCUUCUGCUGAUGGCGCUAAACAUGAAGUGUGGGCUGUUGCUUUUGGAGACUGGCAACAAUCAUCACAAAGAAUCAUUGCCAUUGGUUAUGAUAAUGGUAUUGUGCGGUUACUUGAUAUCAGUGCAGCAGAGUUUAUAUGGGAAACUGAUCUUGGUGAUGGUGUGUGCUCGAUUGAUUUUAGCAAGAAAGAACCCAAAUAUAUGGUGGCGACAACCUUGACUGGUGCAUAUGUCAUUCAACUAUCCACAGGCAAAAGUACAAAACUGGAGUCACCACCUGAUACCACAUUAUGGUCUGUCCAACAUACACCUCAAACAAAUAACAAUAAUAAUGAUGAUCCAUUCUUCGCAAUCACUUCUGGUGAUGGAAGUAUCAAUAUUUGGGAUCACAAUAAUGUCGCCAAAUCUGUUGGAUCAGCAUCACUGACAAAUCAUCCAACCAUCUCUCUCGACUGGCAUCCAACGAAAAAAGGAUUAUUUGUAUGUAGUUCAUUUGAUCAAACUCUUAGAAUAGGUUGUAUAGAAAAGUUAUUACUAUAAUAAUAAAUCAGCAUAUUCCCCUAUUA